ACGAUGCAGGAAGAUGGCGGGUGAUGAAUUGGCAAGGAGAGGCUGGCAUCUUUCAGAAGAAGGUUUGCAACAGUGUUCAGAACAUGGAAAAAGACCAACAGACCAAAUUUUAAAAAAUGCCUUUGAUACUGACUUGAAAGAAAUAGGAGAAAAAUGGUUACCUGAAGAGCUAAGUCGUGGCAGGCUUGAUUAUCUUCAAGGCCCAGCAGUUCUUCAGGUACAGAAGUUAAGAAAUAUUGCUGCUCCAAAAGAAAACGAACAUUCACAGACAGCCCCUCGACUUUUGAAACUUACUCUUACCGAUGGUCACAUGACAUGCAUUGGCAUAGAGACAGAAAACUUAAAAAAUAUUGGCCUGAACACUGCUCCAGGAUCUAAGAUUCUUCUUGAUGGAACUGUGGAUGUUGAGAAUAGUUUCCUGUUGCUCUCAAACAAGAACUUCAAAUUCCUGGGUGGAAGAGUUGACCACAUCGCUGAAAACUGGGAAUUUAAGAUGAAACUAGCAAAGCAGAACCGAUCAAAUGUACAAUCAGAAGGAGGUCCCCCACUAUUUGUGCCUUUUGGGAAAAAAAUUCAACAAGUUGUUCCCGAGGUCAAGAAAGAGAAGAAGGAAAACUUUAAGUCACUGGCCGUUAGUAAAGAGAAGAGUGAGGUGACAGAGUUUGAUCAUCAACGACAGGCGACAAUUGCUGAAGCUUUGCAGGCCAAGGAGGGGGUCAAAGUGAAGACAUUUGGUAGUAAACUGCCUGUCAAUGACAAAGAUGUUGCACGGAUCGUGGAAAUGGGAUUUUCCCCUGACCAAGCGACUGAGGCACUGAAGCAGUGUAACGGAGACGUAGCUGCGGCCACACACACUCUGCUGAACUUCGAUGACAGGGAUAGAGGCUUCGACAGGAAUAACCGAGCCGGGGGUCGAUUUGAGAGAAAUGACCGCAUGGACAGAGGACAGGGCAACGGUUACGGCAACAGAGGGGAGCACGGUGACAGAUACCAAAGAGGAGAUCGUUCUGAUAGGUUUGAAAGAGGGGACCGUCCUGAUAGAUUUGAGAGGGGAGAUCGCCCAGAUAGAUUUGAGAGGGGAGAUCGCCCAGAUAGAUUUGAAAGAGGAGAUCGUCCAGAUAGGUUUGAAAGAGGAGAUCGUCCAGAUAGAUUUGAAAGAGGAGAUCGUCCAGAUAGAUUUGAAAGAGGAGAUCGUGGCGACCGAUUUGAAAGAAAUGACCGGGGCGACAGAUUUGAUAAAGGGGACCGUCCAGACAGACGAGAUCAGAGGACAGGUGGUAGGGGGCGGCGUGGCCGUGAUGAUGAAACUGAAGAUGGUGCUUCUAGUCGGCCCAGUGGACCUGCUACUUUGUUUGACUUUCUCACCACUAAAAUACCAGUCAAAGAAGAGAACAAGACGAAUGGAACUAGUGAUAUCUCCAACAGCAAUCCCAAUAAAGGAUCUCACACAGAGAACAGAAAUACACAGCAGAGUUAUUCUUCCAAUAGCUCAUACUCCAGUAAAUCAUCAAGCUAUGCCGAGGACGCUUCCAGUCAUAAUCCCCCGACCCGCAAACCAAACCUGCCACCUCGACUAGCAAACAAAUUCAGCCAAGAGACCAAUCCGAGGAAAGAGGACUUUAGCAAUAAGCAAUAUUCAAAUCAGCAGAGUAGAACUGGUUCCAGUCAGUCGCACUAUAGUAAUAAUAGUAGCGAGUUGCAGGACAGAGUCCAGAAUAGUUCUUCCAAUAGGCCAGAGUCUGACAGUGUGAGAAAAACGACAGAAAGAAACCAAACCCGUCCAGCAGCACCAAAUACUGCACAACACCGACAACAGAACUCAUCGAGGCGUGACUUCCGGCAAGAUGACCGGCCACAAGAUACACGACAGGACAGCUAUGGUGAUAAGGAUCGGCAGGCAAAAGUGAGGGACAGACCGAGCAACUUCAGAGACAGACAGAUGGAUGGACAGUCUGAAAACCCCAAGUGGGCAAAUAGCUCAGGGAGGCAGAAUCAGAAUGACGGACAAGAAUCUUGGCCUAGAAAUGUGGGACAGAUGUGGAAGGAAGGCGAUACGUGUUUAGCCAAGUACUGGGAAGAUAAUCAGUUCUACACUUCCCGGAUUGAGGCCAUGGCACCACCACAGGUUGGCACCUGCGUGGUUACCUUCCUCGAGUAUGGAAAUGCGGAAGAAGUGCUCUUGAGUGAUAUUCGACCUAUCAGUAAACCUAACUGGCAACCAAACGGACCUCAGGAGAAUUAUGGAAACUUUUACCAUGCUCCAAGAAAUCCACAUCAACAGAACUUUUUUGUACCCCCACCGCAGAUGCCUAUAUCAAACCCCCCUCCAUAUCCGGGAGAAGACGUGCUGAACAGUGGUGCAAUAGGAACAAUGGAGUUCCGCCGUGGAGGAUCGGGAACCUACGACAGGAGUCGUGCUAACCCGAAGAGUCGACCGACACAAAAACUCUAUCAACCCCCUGUGUACCAGCCUCGCCAGAACUCUUCAUGAACCUGUCGGAUAAUCAGCCCCAUGAAUGCAACUCAUUUGAUUUCUUCUGUUAGUGUCUGAACUGAAUGUUAACGUGUAUCAUAUUGAUACAUGCAUAGAUAGAAAUUUAUUUAAAUCAAUUUGGUUCUAAAGAAGUAGGGACAAUGUUUGUGAGGUGGGUAAAUGAUUUUGUGAAGGGUGGUGGUUGUGGUGGGGGUGGAAUAUUGGUACUAAAUAUGAGCAAGGGAUAAUAGUUACUAGGGUGCAGUUUGCCACCAUACGGUGUGAUCGGACUACUCCCAAAAUAUACCCCUAGUGUCCGUCCAGUCUCUUCAUUAAUUUAAAGAUUGUUAAUAAUUGUUAAAAAAUUGUAUAAUAAUUUAAACAUUGCUAUCGACUGAGACCAAAUAAUAUAAUAAUUUAAACAAUAUUGCUAGUAUACAAAGCCAAAUAUAUAUAUAUAUAUCUCUUGGAGGUGAAUUUUUUUCUGUAAUCUAUUUCCCCUUGUUAUUUUUUGUUUUUUUGUGUCUAUUGUAUUUUGCGUACAAGUAAGUUUGAGCUACAGAAAAUGCCAGAAAAAUCAGAAACAUUGGAUUUGCCAAAGUUUAAGUACAAUGUUGUAACAUGUUUUUUAAGCUGACAAAAAGUCAACUUUUACAAAAGCAGUGGGGAUUUGGGGAAAUAUUUUUUGAGUAUUUUGUAAGCUUAAAAAGGAAAAAUAAGAGUUUUUUGCAAUUUUGUUAUUUUUCUUAUACAUGUGGUAACAAGAUAAAAAAAUUUUUUAUAAUUUAGGGUUUAAUGUACAUAGUAUUUAAAAAGACAGUUGAUGCAUUUAAUAUUACUGUUAGUUUCAAAACCAUUCUGGUUAGUGUCACUUGUACCACUGCAGUUUUGUUCAAUACACAAAGACGCAAAUUUAACAUGAUCCUACCGGUGAGCAGACUAAUCGCACAUAAUAUAGUUACUUUCUUUUGAUGUUUUUUUGUUUCUUUCCUCCCUCCUUCUCUCCCCCCCCCCCCCCCCCCCCCCCCCCCCCCCCACCUCCUGACCAUUGGUUGUGCAGCCGACAAAAUAUACACGGCAUCAGUCAGCAGUUCAGUUGCAUACUUGAUCUGCAAUAAAAAAAAUUAUCAUUAUUGACUGUAUUAUUUGAAUUUGGAGGGCUGGGUGUGUGAAAGUUAACCAAAUAAGUUAUUUUGCUUGUAGAUUUUCAAACAAAAUUCAUAGAUUGAGAAACUGCUGCAAUAAAUCAAGGUGUUGAACUUUUUUUUAGUAAUUCACACCUGGACAUUGCAAACACUGACCUUAAUGUACGUUGAUAUAAAUGUUAAUAUUGUUGUUUUUUUUAGUAAGGAAAGCUGCCGUUGGGACUAUAAUUUAUUCAGAUUGCCUUGACAUAUCGGUAUUUCAAGCAGUUGUGGGGUUUUUUUUGGAGGUUUUGUAUAUAUAAUUUGAAUAGUACAACAGGUGGAUGACAAAAUUGUGUAUACUAUAAUACAUAUAGUAUGUGUAUCGUAAUUGCAUGAGCAUGUUUACUCCUGUUAACAAUAUAUAAGAAGACUAGUUAAAAAGUGAAAGUAUAUAUGCAUGGGUUAUUUUAUGUUUUUCCAAAUUGUAUCGCGUGGUGUAGCUUUAACUAUGUAAAACCAGAAGAAGUACUGAUGUCUGGUGUACAGAUUAUAUCAAUAGAGUAGUCCCUUUAUAUUUAUUUCAUGCUGGCCAUGAAGUAGCUGUAUUGUGUACAUUUCAUGCAGGUCAUGAAAUGAACUUCAUACAGAUUAUAAACUAGCCUUUUCUACUUAUGUAGGUCCUAGUAGCAUUGCGAGGGCAGGGUAUUUCUUAGUAGAAGAUCAGUAAUCUAGUUGCUUACCUUACACAGUGUUCUGCAUCUCUCAUAACCAGGAGACAGAUUUUUCACAGCUAUCGUAGCACUAAGAUAGUUUUGAAAAUAUUGGCAUAGUUGUUAUACCGCUAUACUAUGUGGCUUAGCACUAGCCUCUUGAAUUUUCGAAAACAUGUCCUCUUUACUGAAUAUGACCCAGGCGUGCCCACAAAAUCUAGGCUGCUUUUUUUAUUUACAUAAUCACACCCAGUUUGUGUCUCUGAUGCCAUGAAAUUGGAUCCUCAGGAAUACCAAUUGAAAAAUGUUGCUGUGCAGGCCUGCAAACAAAGCUGUGGGCUACACAGAAGAUCUUACAUAUCAGCCAUUGCACAAUGUUGGUUUCACAAAAUUUGGGAGAAGACUGCCAACGUGGUUAUGCCAUCGGUCUACAGGCUGUUAGGUACUGGGUUCGGAUCCCAGUCGAGGCAUGGGAUUUUUAAUCCAGAUACCGACUCCAAACCCCGAGUGAGUGCUCCGCAAGGCUCAAUGGGUAG